CCUCCUCUCUUUGGGGGGAGAGAUAUCAGUUGUUGUCUCAGCCUCCAUUUUCCUUCCCCACUUCCAUUUUAAAUUUAUUUUUCUUUUUUUUGGUUAAUUAUUGUUAUUCCUUCAUUAUAUUUCACCUUUCCUUGCAACAAGAGUGAUUACAAAAAAAAAAAAAAAAAAAAAAGAAAGAAAAAAACAAGUCACUGCUGCAAAGAGCAACAAAGAGAAAGAAAAGGAGAGAAAGAGAAAGAAAGAGACGACAGACAGAGGACAACACACAUAUACAGAGAGAAAGAGAGAGAGAGAGAAAAGAGAAGAAAAGAGAGGGGGAGGGAAUUGAAGAAGCUUUCAAUACCACAGAGGAGAAAACGAUGUCUAAGAGCUUUACAUCCUUUCAUACUCUGCAACUCUAACAAGCGAUCCAUAAUUGAACAGCAAAAAGGCGAAGAGAAAGCACAAGUAGGGGCUGCUAUACUUGCUUGAGAGGGAGAGAGCAAAAAAACGAAGGAUAUGAUCAUGAAGAAGAAGAUAUUGAUAUGGGAAUAGCAACACCGCCACUCGUCCCAUCGAUUCUUUCUCAUCACUCCAAGACUCUCCAUCAAAUUCCAAUUCAAGACAAGAGCAAUAAUUCUACAAAUUCUAUGUCCCAAGAUUACCACCAAGCAGCAGCUGGCAUCUUCAGCUUCUCGAAUGGCUUCGAGAGACCAGCCGUGAGCCACCAAGAACACCAACAGCAGCAACAACAACAUCACUUUGCUCAGCAGAUCCGGAGAGAUAAACUAAGAGUUCAAGGCUUUGAGCCACCACCUCCACCAUUAAUAGGGAUCGACGAGGAAGAAUCAAAUGCUCUUCCUGUUUAUGAAACAGCAGGUAUGUUAUCAGAAAUGUUCAAUUUUCCUUCAGGUGUGGCUGCUGCCGCCACCGCCUCUACCGAGUUAUUAGACCAGCCUAUACAGCCUAAUUAUCGAGCACACAGGCCACCGGGUAAUACCAACGACUGGUAUAACAACAGGCAAGGUGUUGUUGGGGGUUUGGGACAGUUAGGUGAAUCAAAGAGUCACAAUAACCGUGACAGUUUAGCUCAACAGCAUCAUCAGCAGUUACCAAGCAUUAAUGCCGACUCAGCAGCUGCCAUGCAUCUUUUCUUGAUGAACCCGCAGCCAAGAUCACCAUCUCCUCCUCCAGCAACUACUUCUAAUACUCUUCAUAUGUUGCUUCCAAACCCAUCUUCUUCUCUUCAAGGGUUUAAUGUAUCAGGUCCUGGAGGGGCUUUCGGUACUAGUGCUGUACUAUCUCCACCUCAAUUCACUUGGGUUCCUGACAGUGCUCAUGAAGGAGGUAACACCGGUUCCCAACUCAACAACCCAAGUGAAAUUGGAGGUGUUGUAGAAGGUCAAGGGCUUUCACUAUCUUUAUCAUCUUCUUUGCAACACUUAGAGGCUGCCAAAGCUGAAGAAUUGAGGAUGGGAGAUGGUGGGUUACUGUAUUAUAAUCAAGGAGGGGGUUCUUCUUCUGCUGCUCAGUUUCAGUACAAGGGUUUGGGUAAUCAUCAUCAGCCACUGCAUUUGCAAGGUGGAGUAGGACAAAACCAUCAGGUUCAUGUUGGGUUCGGCUCUUCAUUAGGAAUGGUCAAUGUAUUGAGAAAUUCAAAGUAUGUGAAAGCUGCUCAGGAAUUGUUAGAAGAAUUCUGUAGUGUUGGAAGAGGUCAGUUCAAGAAGAACAAGUUUGGUAGAAACAACACAAACCCUAGUUCUAAUCCUGGCAGUAGUGGUGGUGGAGGUGGUGGUUCUUCUUCAUCAACAAAGGAUCUCCCCCCUUUAUCAGCAGCUGAUAGAAUUGAACAUCAAAGAAGGAAGGUCAAACUUUUAUCCAUGCUUGAUGAGGUGGACCGGAGAUACAACCAUUACUGUGAACAAAUGCAAAUGGUCGUGAACUCAUUUGAUCUAGUGAUGGGCUUUGGAUCAGCAGUGCCUUACACUGCCCUUGCUCAGAAGGCAAUGUCAAGGCAUUUUAGGUGUUUGAAGGAUGCGGUAUCAGCACAAUUGAAGCACAGCUGCGAGGUGCUGGGUGAGAAAGAUGGAGCUGGAACCUCAGGCAUAACCAAAGGGGAGACCCCGAGGCUAAAGAUGCUAGAGCAAAGCUUGAGACAGCAAAGGGCGUUCCAUCAAAUGGGUAUGAUGGAACAGGAAGCUUGGAGACCCCAGAGGGGCCUGCCUGAACGUUCUGUCAACAUUUUGAGGGCCUGGCUUUUCGAACAUUUUCUCCACCCGUACCCAAGCGAUGCAGAUAAGCAUCUGUUGGCUCGACAGACUGGUUUAUCGAGAAAUCAGGUUUCAAAUUGGUUCAUAAAUGCCAGGGUUCGGUUGUGGAAACCCAUGGUGGAAGAGAUGUACCAACAAGAGACUAAAGAAGGGGAAACAGAUAAAGAGAGAGAAAGGAACCCAAACAAUAGUAACAACAACAGCAACAAUGCACAAACAUCAACGCCUUCAACAACAGCAGAAGCAGCAGCUGCCACAGCAGCAUCAACACCAACAACAACAACAACAGCUACAACAACAACCACACCAGCAGGCAAAAGAUCCGAAAUCAAUGCCAUGGAAAAUGACCCAUCACUCAUUGCAAUCAAUAGACAAUGCUUCUCGGAAAACCAAGCAAAACAGUGCACCCCCAAUACCACCACCACCACCACCAUUAUCAGUAGCCCUUCCACCACAACCUCCCCCACCAACAACAACGCCACCGAGGUGGCGCCACCCAUUUCCCAGCCUUUCACCACCAACCAUGACCCGGAUAUGCACCACAGGAUAGCUGGCGUUGAAGAUACGUGUCGUCGUGGCAGCAUAGUCACAGCGGAUUACGGGACCACCACUGGUAACACUGACAUUGGUUCUACUCUCAUAAGGUUCGGGACCACGGCUGGUGAUGUGUCACUCACUCUAGGGCUACGCCAUGCUGGAAACAUGCCCGAGAAGAGUUCUUCUUUCUCGGUUAGAGACUUUGGGGGCUGUUAA